UGAACAUUCCAAAAAUUCAUUCAAUAUUUGAACUAUAUCAAUGCUAUCUGUAAAGAUUACUUCAUAAAUAUUAAUGGGCCUUUGAAUCUCAAACUUUUCGAGUUUUGUGUAUAGUGUAUUAAUAUUGUGUACAUUCAGGUUACAUUCAAAAAAUACAUGCACCAACGAUCCAACUUUACCGCAUUCACAAUUGGGUGAGGAAUUGAUUUUGAUCGUAUAUAAAUGUUCUGGUGUCAAACAAUGUCCUGAUCGUAAUCUCAUCAUAGUUGUAAUGUGUUUUCUUGUCAAAUUAUUUUUUAAUAGUUUAUAUGGCUUAUCAAUUGUACAUUUUUUAUCCCGAUUACGCAUAUCGUUUUGAUUUUUCAACCCUUGUUUUAUCGGGCGAAUGUUUGGAGAGAAGAACCGGAAGGUUGGAUAGCGAACUGGUAAGGGACGAGGUGGAGGUGGAACUAAUGAAGGAACGUGCUCUCUGCGACGAGAUCCGCCAACAGUUCAUCCAGACGCUCAAAGAUGUAGAAUUACAGCUCGUGGAAGACAAAACGGCCAAACAGCGUCUGGAGUCCGACUGGAGUGACAAGAAACAGUCUUUAGAGCUGGAUUCUACCGGUAGGAGUCUUACUCUACGCUCAUCCAUACUGAUGUUCAAACCUGGCUCUGUGAUUUUUCCUGGAGAUCAGUCUUCUCCUGAAUAUUGGGAGCACUUCACCAAAGAAACCCUACAAAUGUCCGAGGCUACCAGACAGAGAUCUGCCACUCUCAGAGGAACCCUUGACGCUAUACUCACCAAUGCCUCACGUGACCUUAGAACUCAGGCAGAUAAGGUCGAACUGAUUUUGUCCAAGAGGAUACAGUGUCUCAUCGAGGUUACAGACAGAUUGGAAUCAGAAUUGAAGAAGACCUUGCAGAAACUUGCAGACGUUGAGAAUUUGAUAGAUGAUCUACAGGUGGCGAUAAGAAGAAUGGAUCUAUGUCUCAAGAAGGCACAGACUCGUUUAGAUUUCAGGCUUCAGCGGCAGAGAGUUGAGAACUGUAGAGAUGAAUGUCAUUUCGGACUCAUAGAAGAAGUGAAGAUGAUCGGUGAACAAACGGCUGCUCUGUCUGCUCAGUUGAAACAGGCGGAAGACAGCCAGGCAGAAUUAAUAACUGGGAGAAAUGAAUUAGAGAAUGAGAUCAUGAGGAAGAGGAAAACUUUGGAAAUAGACCGAUUCAGAAUUCAACAGUUCAGAAGUUACUAUCCUUCGGCAACAGCUCUCUCUGGACACGCCUAAUGCAUUCUUCUAUCUAUACAUCUGAUUGCACAGAAAAAAUUUCGUAGCGAUAUCAUUCAAAGUAUACAUGGGUUUAUGCUG